AUGAAGACUUCAGCCAUCCUCCUCAGUUGCCUCCUGGCAGUAGCCGAGGCCGGAAACAUCUUCAACUGCACCAAGCCGAGCGCCAACUUCUGUCUGGGUGGUGAUAUCAUCUUACGCUGUGAUGGAAACGGUGUUGGAAAGGCUGGACGGUGCUCCAACAACCUAGCUGGCUAUGCACCUAUCGGUGGCCCUGCAUCAUGCUACCAGAGCUCAGCCGAUGCUGGUGAUGCUGCCUGUGUCAAGAACUGUGUUGUCCACGCCGACAAGCCCUUUACCCUCCCCGGCUGCUCUCCCACUUUCACCGAAGCUGUGCCCACAACCACCCGCCCGCCUCACCAGCCUCACCCCUACCAGAACUCGACGUUGACCACUAUUGUCACUGUCCCAACGACCGUCAACCCGGGAGGCAACCCCAGCGUACCUGUCCCCAACCCUCCCGCUUCUUCUAGCUCCGUCGUUUGCGUCGGCUUCAAGUGUGGUAACGGACCUUUCUUCCCACAAACCAACGGCACUACCGGCCCUCUCCCCGGAACUGCCAUUGGCACUGGAACCGGCUUCUCAUCGUUCCCCCACCCCACACACAACCCCGCUCAUGUCGGCGGAAACAACAACGACAACACCAACAACGGCAGCCCUACGUUCCGUGUCCCCGUAGGACCUACGACAACGUCUGCUAAUACCCUUCCCACCUCGGGAGCCAUGACGAAUAAGGCUCAGUUCAUCCUUGCCGCCGCCGGGCUCGCCGCUGCCUACGUGCUGUAG